AGUGCAAGCUGCCAUUUUUUAGAAGGCAUCUUUCUGAGUAGGUUGUAGACAAGCAAAUAUCAAGUUUGAGCUUCACCGUCAGGCAUUAGCAGAUGCGUUUUAUUUGUCUGCGUAUUUCGGAAAUAUGGUACGACUGUAACAGAAGCUUUUUAAAAAAAAACUUAUAAUCGUAAUCGAUUACUUCGAGCUUAAGCCUAGCUUAGGGCUGCAGGUUCUGCAGAUGGCUACUUAGCUUUGCUAGUUAAUGUUAGCCUUGGCUAUAAACAACACCAAAGACUGUGAAGAAACCACAGCCGAAAACGAGCUCAUGCUUUGCAGGUUUGUUCAGUAGAUUUUUCUCAAAAGAUCAGGAAGAAGAAGAAAGGAUUUCACAUUAGAAAACACUUCCGGAGGAGGCAGUUUGAUGCUACAUGUAGCGACGCUACUUCACUUUUGAUGAGCGUGCGACUUUUUCCAAACUAGGUUGGAGCAGUUCUGUUCAGAGUCAGUUCUGUUCAGAGUCAGUUCUGUUCAGAGUCAGUUCUGUUCAGAGACAGUUCUGUUCAGAGUCAGUUCUGUUCAGAGACAGUUCUGUUCAGAGACAGUUCUGUUUAGGGUCAGUUCUGUUUAGGGUCAGUUCGGUUUAGGGUCAGUUCUGUUUAGCGUCAGUUCUGUUUAGAGACAGUUCUGUUUAGAGACAGUUCUGUUUAGGGUCAGUUCGGUUUAGGGUCAGUUCUGUUUAGCGUCAGUUCUGUUUAGAGACAGUUCUGUUUAGGGUCAGUUCGGUUUAGGGUCAGUUCUGUUUAGGGUCAGUUCAGUUUAGUGUCAGUAUACUGGCAUGUCGUCCUUCUCGGAGUCUGCCCUGGAAAAGAAGCUGACAGAGCUGAGCAGCUCGCAGCAGAGUGUCCAGACUCUGUCCCUGUGGAUCAUCCACCACCGCAAACACUCAGCCCUCAUCGUCAAAGUGUGGCACAGAGAGCUGAAGAAAUCCAAAACCAGCAGGAAGCUGACGUUUCUGUAUCUGGCAAACGAUGUCAUCCAGAACAGCAAGAAGAAAGGACCCGAGUUUGCAAAAGACUUUGAGACUGUUCUCGUUGAUGCCUGCUCCCAUGUUGCCAGGGAGGCUGAAGAGAGCUGUAAAAAGCCAAUGGAAAGACUGCUGAACAUCUGGAAGGAGAGGAGCCUCUAUAGAGCAGACUUCAUUCAGCAGCUCAAACUGGCCAUAGAAGACUCCAACAGUCCCAGGCCUUCAGAAGAGAAGAAGCCUGUGAAACGAAGCUAUCAGAAGGUCCAGGAAGAGGAAGAUGAUGAAGAUGAUGACUACAGAAGCCACAGCUCUCCUCACACCACAGACAUCUCGGCAACGCAACUGACGGAGGAGCUUGUGAAGGCCCUGCAGGACUUGGAGAACGCUGCGUCAGGAGAUGCAGCAGUUCGUCAGAAGAUUGCCUCCCUGCCACAGGAAGUCCAAGACGUUUCCUUGCUCGAGAAAAUCACUGACAAGGAUGCAGCAGACAAGCUGUCGAAGACUGUGGAUGAAGCCUGUUUGCUGUUGGCUGAAUACAAUGGUCGACUCGCCGCAGAGCUGGAGGACCGUAGGCAGCUGGCUCGCAUGCUCACUGAAUACAUCGGCAGCCAGCGAGAGGCGCUGUCGGAGAGAGAGAAGAAACUUGAGGAGUAUAAACAGAAAUUGGCAAGGGUUACCAUGGUGAGGAAAGAGCUGAAGUCCCACAUCCAGAGCCUCCCUGACCUGUCCCUCCUGCCCAACGUGACCGGGGGUCUGGCACCACUCCCCUCUGCUGGAGACUUGUUCUCCACCGACUGAGACGUCUAUGACCAGGCAAAGUACACCCCUGUGCUCCCCCCACCACGCACCAAAAUCAGCAACAUGUUUGAUUCUCAAAAAUACUGUUAGCUGUGUUUCCAGCUAGAGGACACGUGGUCAAACCUGCAGGACAAGAGGGAAGAAGUGACAUUCAAAGAAACGUGUGGCGAAUCAAAACACUCUGCAGAGGAGAACAGAGACUCUGUCAGCUUGGAUUUUUCCAGCAAUUGCUCAAUUGACAAGGAUUCCACUCCACCAGCUGGGAAAGAUUUAGUUUCCUGUUUGCUUUCCUUUUUAAAUCCUGAAAAUGUCAGUUUUCAUGGAAGAUCAGUGGGGUUAAAGAAACCUAACUAUGACAGAGGUAAAUGUUGGUUUUCAGAACAUGUCAAUCUUUGUGUAUUUUUGUGUGGUAUGUUUGGAUUUAACAAGCAAAGAUGGCUUUCAAUUAGGCUUUUUUUAUGGACUCAUAGUCUGAAAAGUGGCUUGGGUGUGCCAGUACAUUUCACUAACACUUCAUAAAAAAAGGUCAUUAAAGAGGUUUUGUUGAACAUUAGCACCCCCCUAGUUUAAAGUCCAUAGGCCUUGGUUUUCUUGUUCUUGUAGACUAACUUGUUUCAUGUUUUUAUUUAGACAAAUUUCCUUAAAAAAAACAUAUGACUAAUUAUUUUUCUUACAUGUGUGUACCAGACAAGGUUUGAGUUUUCCAAAGUAAAUCCUGGAAGUUUUAGGACAUUUAAAAAAAAAAAAAAAAAAAGUUUAUUUUCCAAUAAACUGCCUGGUCUUGAAGCAACUAUAAGGAGCUUUCAUUUUGUGUGGAUUGUUGUGGACAACUACAAUAUGCCAUAAGAAGAUCUAGAUCCAGCUUAUGGUCCAUUUAUUUGGCAAAAAAAAAGGAUGUAACUUUUUCAGAUUUUUUAAACAUGCAGAACCCAUAGCAAUGAGGCAAUACAGCCGUUUGCCGCUACUAUUUUUCAACAACAGUUCACCUUGUUGUAGUUAGGUCCAUACACCUAGGUUAACUUACAAGUAACUGAUUGUGUUGCUCAGUAGUUGUAAUUUUUAAAUGCGAUUUAAAAUGUUAGGACCCUUGUAAUGUUAGGUCUCUAAAAAUAGUAGCAAUCCAACAACAAGAUAUAGCUAAGAAGCUAGGCCAUCAUCAAUCGUAUUGGUCACUUUUAUACCCCGUGAAAUGUCAAGUGUGACCUUUAUGUAUUGUGCACAUGUGUGUCAAGGAGAACGAGGGCCAAGAUUGAAUCCUUCAAAAUCCCUGAAUUCUCCAUCAGUUGAACGGCAGUCGUAGGUUGCUUCAAAGUUUGGCCCCCGCUCUGUCAUUAUCCCUUUUAACUUUUCCUUUUUUUUCUUUUUCUCUUAGCUGAUCCUGCCCUAGUAUUGGGUAUAAAAAUAAAAAACAAAGUUAAAAAACAAAAA